AAGCACUGCAAGUCAACGAUCGUUUCGUMCCAUUGUCCGAAAUGGCGGACCACGAAAUGGGCCUGCAAGGCAACAGAUUAUCGAUGCCAGCGUCAUCGUUAUCGUCAUCCUUGGGAGCAUCGACCGAAUCACUGCUUGUUCGACAUCAGCAGCAACCGAGCUACUCUUAUGCAGUAGAUCCCUCCUCCUCUSAAACCAAUGGGAUUCUUCGGAAAAACCAACUUCCACAACAGCUUCAAUAUCAAUCGCAGUCGUCACAGCAACCAAUCCCGGAARCCCAGCUCUCGAUCCCUGCAGCCCUCAAUCCGUUUCCGGAGUCUGUCUUUUCGUACACUAUAUUUUUGGCGUCGUGCCUCUGUCUCUGGGUACUCUACCUGCUGUUGCCACGUGGGGUUCGGAAGCAAUACUUUGGAGCCAAUCGGAAACGYUAUGCCCAGAGACUCGACAASAAUAUGCCSGCAGCGGGCUACUGGAUGCCGGCCCCAGCGGCAAAAGCUCAGUCGGAAGUCACCACAAGUAGCAUGGAYAGCUACGGAAACCGCGGCRAUGCACAACAGCAGCAACGUCGGCAUCAACAACAGUAUGCAGCGGGAGUGCUGAGAAACCAUGUUCCGGGAUYCAUCAACUCUAAYGAACAUUCUAUCAGCGGUCUCCAUGCGACUCCWUCGCCAGCCCAUUUGUCACCGCCACGGGGAGGAAACUACAGCGCCGGCAGCAGCAGCAACAACUCUGCCGCGAUGGCAAACAUGAUGAAAACCCCACCCUCUCCCGAACACCCCGCUCUCAAACGKAUUCCCCCGAACAAAAUAAUUGCUGAAACCAUGGCGCGCCUCCAGGGACGGGGGAUUCGUUUGGUGGCACACGGGGUCCACUGCGACCCAAAACGCGUCUGGAUUCGGCUGCAGGACGAGAGUAACAGCCACAACAGCCCGAACGAUGGUUCCUCCACCAAACGCAAGGAACCAAGCGUGACCUGGCAAACCGAGUUUCCGCGGCGGGUUCCGGACCAGAACGGGCAGGUUUCGAUCGUCCUGAUGAGGGGGAGUCUCCACUCGAUCUCCCUCAAGAACGUCCUCUACAUCGAUGUGGGGAAGAAGACGCACGCGCUUCAGCUCACCAAGGGCGGAAGCAUUCCAGAUACGGUGUGCCUGUCGUUGCUUACACAGAAUGGAAGCCUGGAUCUGCAGGCUAAUAGCAAACUGGAACGCGAUUCGCUGGUGUCUUGUUUCAGCAUGAUCCUUGACGACAUUCACGAGGAGGACUGGAGGGCCCUGUACGAGGCGAGCCCUGAACCUUCCCUAGCGAGCUCGGCAACCGGUGGGUUUGGUGGCAAUAUCAGCUAUUUGUACAAYAACAAUAAUCUCAGCAGCAGUAUGACACCUGGAAGCAACGGGGCAGGGAAUUUCCAAACUCCCGGGAGCAACGAAACAAGUGGUUUGAGUGACAUGGAUCGCCAUCGAGAGCGAGGUACUCCUGGGGGGAAAAACAAAAUGCUGCAAAUGUUGUAGAUAGAUAGCGCACGGGGAAAUUGUAGGGGGAUGUGUUUUCAAAUUAUUAAUAAUGGCGUCAAGAGAAUAUUGAUAGAUAAUGAAAUAUCAUGGUYGCGAUGUCUAGUUGUUGUUGUUUUGUUUUUUYCCAAACAGUGAAGAACUCCUGGAUGUUUGCGCAAGGCUAACGGUACAAGCUAUAGAGCCAUUUGGGUAAUCUGAAUGAAUCCGAGACUAACGU